GUGUGAAUUUGUUUUAUAAUUUGGGGAACCCCUUAUUAGUUAGUAUAAAGAGGAAUAUUUUGCAAGUGCAAGACAUCAGCAGAGAUGACAUCAGUUUAGUUCGAGCUGCCGUGGAAAUUUCUACAAAUUAGACAUUUUAAUAUGUCGUCCAAAAAUGUUGCUGACACACAACAAGAAUUUGCUAACAAAAAUGUGCGUUUAUCGCAUUUGCCUGUGACAAGGAUCCUUAUUAUAGUGGUUGAAAAAGAUGUUACAGAUAUUUUGAAUUGCGAGGACUUCAAGAGCCAUCAAGUUAUCGCCAAGCUAAGAAAAGGUCCAGCAGAUGGUGAUAGCAGAACUUUUACAGACGAAAAUGGUAAAAUAUAUCCUGAUUGGGAUUCGUACAAGAAUGUAAAUACGUUGGAGGGUGGUAUUAUGGUUGCGCCAUUGAACGGUUAUUACACAUUUGAUGCAGCUGGAAAAGUAAAACUAGAAUUUAGCGAAACUCCAGCCGCUUCUGCAGGACCUACGAUUCGCGAGGUACAACAAGAUUUUGCAGGCGAUGAUGAAACAAGUGGCAGUUCACAAACAAUAUAUGUCUUGGUCACAAAUUCUACUGACUUGAAAGAAGCUGAAAAUUCCCGAGUAUUUAGUUAUCACCCUGUAAUACGUUCCGAACGAAAUGGAACAUUUGUAGACGAAGAUGGUAACACUUACCAAAAUUGGGAGGCUUACAAAGGUGAAAACAAAUUGGGUGCUGGCAUUUUAGUCGCGCCCACAAAUGGACGUUACACGAUAGCUGCAAAUGGGCAAGUCGAACUUGAAGCUUGGAAAACAGCAGCUAUAAAUAAACCAAACAUAAAUAUCAGCCGUCAAUGUAGCUAUAACGACAACAACAACAUCAGCGAUCAAUGUAGCUAUAACGACAACAACAACAACAGCCGUCAGUCGCUUACGAUUCAUGAAUAUCAUAAUCAUAAGGCGCGAAAAGAUAGUGCAUCCGAUGCUUAUAAUACAAGCUGCAUUAUUUAUGUGUUAGUCACAAAGCAAACUAACAUGUAUGAUGCCAUGAAUUCACAGGAGUUUACAACUCAUAAAGUGCUAAGGAUACAAAAUGCUACAACUGAAAGUUACUUUUUCAUAGACGACGCAAAUAAUGAAUAUUUUUGUUGGCAAUUAUAUCUGACUGAGAAUAAUUUACCCGAAGGCAUUAUGGUUGCUCCACUAAAUGGUAUUUACAGCUUCAAUAAGGAUGGAAAUGUCGACUUGGAGAUAUGUUUAACGCCGGCUUGCAUUCCAAAGUCAACACAAAACUCAGAUGAUAUUACCAUUAGGAACCUGCAACAACAUUACGCAACAAUGAGUAAAUAUUUGAAUGCUGACACGUCUAUUCUACACAUACUGGUCACAAACAAUGAACAUGAAAAUGUGCUGGAAGCAAAAAUAUUUCAGGACUUUGUCGUUAAACGAAAGGGGUAUACAGUUAAAUCUAUAGCUGAAGUAUUUUAUGAGGACGAAGAAGGCAAUAGAUAUUCGAGCUGGGAGCAUUAUCUCAGGGAUAAUGACCUACCAAAAGGUAUAAUGGUUGCGCCACUUAAUGGCGAAUACACAUUAGAUGAAAAUGGCAAUGUAAAUCUAUACAUACAGCCGACGCCAAAAACAGUAAAGAAAAUGCGUACAGUUCUGGAAGUGCAGCAAGAUUUUGCAAACAACAGCGGUUUUAAGAAGGAAAUUAUUUGGGACUUGCUAGCUGAAGAACAAAGUGGAAUGUUGAAAGAUAAGUUAAACAAUCUAAUUCCUGAUCAAAAAAAAGGAAAUGCAAAAAUAGUGGAAAUGCGAAAAAUAAUAUUUGACAGUGUUUGGGCACAAAGAAAAUACACUAACCGAAACUCUUUGAGUGCAAUUAUUUAUGUGUUUGUAACCGAUUGCGAUAAUAAAGAAGAUGCCAUAAACGCUAAGAAAUUCUCCUGUCAUCCCGUCUUUAGAACACGAAAAUGUACAACUGAUGGCGAUAGUUCGCAUUGUUGUAUGAUAUUCAUUGAUGAACUGGGACGUGUUUAUCAAAAUUGGAAAACAUUUUUGGCAAAUAAUGAACUACCAAGUGGAUUGAUGAUUGCACCGCUUAACGGUAUUUAUACCACCGAUUAUAACGGACGCGUACAAUUAGAGGUGCAUACUACACCAAAUGGUAGCGCCGCUAGACAGGUACUGGGUGUUGCAGAUACAGCGACGGCUGUAGCCGGACUUGGUGCAGCUGCAAUACCAUUAGCAGCAAUGAUGAUGACGGUAGCGCCGGCUUUAAUAGCUGGUGCUGGUGUUGUUUGUGCUACCACAGCGGCAUACUCAACCGUACGUUCAGUAUGCAAUUUAGUAGAUCGUAAAAAACACGAACAGCCUAUCGGGUUAGAUAACUCGCAAGCUAGAAAUGCUUGGAUAGGUGUUGGAGCUGGUGUUGUUGGUGUAGGUGCUUCAGGUGCUACGAAUGUCAUGACAAAAGCAGCUGCUGCCGGACAGGAGAUAUCGUUGGCUACCGAAUUACUUGUAAACGGUAUGAACAUUUCAUCUAUUGUUCUGUCAGGAACCGGGGUUGCAAAUGGAAUUCUAGAUCUAUUAAUUAAAUAUCGCGAUGAUGAGGAGGUGACAAGUAUGGAACUGGUGCAAUUGGCUGCCUCUUUGGUACUCUUCACACAUUCUGUAUCGAAUUUCCGUAUGGCAUCAACACUAGUAAAUGAUACACAUAGUGCCACAAUACAGGACUACCGAAAGUCUUUAAGUAAUCGCCAGAGAAAAAUAUUUGACAAAAUGUCAAAGGAAACAAUUCGUAUCAAAGGUGCACAACAAGGAAAAGUAGAUAUUAUACGUGGAGCUAAUGAUAUGCCUAGCAAACAAUAUCUAAAUGAUCUUUACAAAAUUAACAAGAAAUUAAAUGAAGCUAAGGUACGACCUGCAUUCGGCGCAGCUGGGGAAGGAGUUGUGCUCAAUAAUGAUGUGGCAGUGAAUACCAACGAUCUACGCAAUAAUCUUCAACAUAAUAAGGGUCCUAAUGUGCUAAAUUCGGUUAACAAACCCAUACCUACAGCGCAUGCUGAAGUAAAUGCCGUUAGCAAUUCCAAAUUACUGUUCUCAAACGUUAACAAUAAAAGCGAAUCAUCAGCUCAACCAAGCGCUGUCGCCAUCGGCAUGGGUAGCAUUAUGCUUCCGAAUAAUAUCUUAAUUUCACUAAGCGAAUAUGGUACGCGACUUUAUGAUAUUAUCGCUAAUCCUGGCAGCUUUGAUGACAUCAUAACUACCAUGGCUGAUGCUUUUUCACAGCAAACAUUUGAUUUCCUCAUGAAACUGGCACAAGAAUUUGUUGAAACAAAAUUAGAAAUGAUAAGGAAUACGAUACAAAUUUUUAUAUCCGCCGAGACUAUACUUUAUCGCAUUUUUUUGUAUGUCGAAAAUAGAUGCGCAUCACAAACAUUUGCAUACUUAUAUGACAAAAAGCUUGAAAUAUUGAACGCUUUAAAUGUCUACUUUAAUUCACUUAAUCCGAAUAGUUCUUAUAGACGGCAGAAAUGUGAUAUUUGUGGUGGUUCUUAUUCAAUAUGCCAAAUUUAACGUUUCAAAUUGUUUUAACAACGCACAACGAAAUAUAAAUACCACUGAGGCCUUUAUAACAAGCACUUUAGUGCCUAUACCAUAUUGUAAACAUUUUUAAUGUUGUAACUAUUUACUAAAUGAUUAUACAUAUUUAUACAAAAUUGUACUUUACACUUACACGCAUGCAUAUUAUACAAAUAAAAUUUUUUCCGCGCACGUAAAA